AUGCCGCUGAUGCCAUCACCAAGGGAUAUAGAGCAUUUCCUCAUUGGAACCUCUCCACUAGGAGCAAGGGUGAUACUUCAUAUCGCAAUGCCAAAAUUACGUAAGAGAAGGAGGAUAGAAGAUGCAGAGUCCGCCACACCGCUGGCUAUUGGAUACUGGGGCAAACCACCAACGCUAGAGGGCGCCAAAUUCGAUUUUCUUUGCAUCCAUGCAACUCUACGAUCACUCAAACCAGAUGGUCCAACAUUCAAAGAGGUUUUUAUGGUCGAUUCUGGGAGUGACGUAGUGACGGCGCGUCAAGAGAUUUUAAACCGGUUAGAUCUGGAGCUAAUCGGUACGAUCCAGAGCAGAGGAGUUCAUACCACCGUCGAGAAGCAACUAUAUAAAGCAAUGCUUGUCAUAGGCAAUCAUGAGGUUGAAAUUGAGAUCAUGGCUGAGCCAUACGAGUCCAUUGGAAACCGUGUCAUGAGGCACUUCCGUCACGUGAUAGACAGCACGGUACACUAUUGGUUGCCUGAAAACCGACUAGAACCUUCCGAAGGCAUGACGGCAAGCAGCCGAAGUGACCCGAAUACCAGCGGCGAGUCGGGCGAAACUUCGGGUACGCCCGAAUCGGACGAGGAAAAAGCCGAAGAAGAGGAAGAGGAUGAGAAUGACGAGGAGGAUGAAGAGGAGAAUGAUGGCGGAGCUUCUCCUGGUGAUGUGGUAGAUGAAGGGGACGAGGAGGAGGAAGAAGGCGGAGUGGAAAACGGUGCUCAAGAGGCUGUUGGGAAUCAGGGAGACCCGUAAGGGGUCAUCAAAAGACCAAACUACUGACGGGUAACGAGUUUGAUAGAGAAGUCAUGUAGUCAAGAUAAAGGGUGCCAAAACCCGUUCAGUUCAUAGAAAUUCACUUCAUAUUCAUGAACUGAAGGACAGGGGUUAGAUAUUUACUCUAUCAACUAAUUGAUGAUUACUGUCUCGCGUGAUUAUGAGUACAAUCCUGAAAGUAAGGGCCAUGAACGUGGGCUUAUUUAAUAUUGUCUCAUAAAAAAAACUUAGGCUAGAUAAUUUGUGGAGAUUUUAAUCUGAGGAACGCCGAUAAUGAAGAAACGAUUAGGCUGGUCCCGUUGGUAACGCAUUAGUAUUUUCGUGGAUUGUUGACAUUAAGAAUGCACCAAAGGCACUAGGUAGCCAAUUAUAAUUUUUGAGUGAGAUCUAAAGUCGUUUAUGAAAAACAAUUGAACCAAAAAGGGUAUAAUUUUGAUGGGGAAUUGUAGAUGUAUGAGAAUAAUUAGAAAUGAUAUGAACUGAACGCAACGGACCAAUCAUUGUUUCUUAAUAAUCAGAAGAAGAAUUGUAGCAGAUUGAAAAAUUAUCAAAUUUGAAACCUUGAGGAGAUGAUGUUCUCGCACUCAAGAAAUUUGAUUUGAUCAGUCUAUCUACAGUGCGUAUCAAAAAAAAGUUUACACUUAGAAAAAAUCCUGUAAAAUUAUAUAUUUGUAAUAUCCUGAAGAUUUUUUCACAUUCAAACAUUGGUUCAGAUCCAUUUAAGCAAAUGACUAUAUAACUGUCAAAAAAUAUUUCCGCUUGAGUGAGCACCACUUACUUUUGAAAAGUUAGUGAAAAAUGAUUUGCGCAGAAUGUUUAAAUAGUUAUGCGAAUAAAAGUAGACCGUAAUCAUAAAGAACACGUGGAAUUUAGCUAGUAAAAUUGAUAUGGCGAUAUCUUUUAACUUUGUUAAUUUGUUUCCUUGCCCAAAACACUUUGAAGAGUGCACUGCGCCCCACCCCACUCCACCACACACCGAGGCCAUCGUGACGAUAUUUGCUUUACACUGAGCUGUGAUUUACAUGAAAUGGCUUAGGCUUGAUUUUCAUUUUGUCAAUCAUUGUCAAGCUUGGGAAAAGUGUGGAGAAACAAGUAUUAAAUGAAAAAUGAAAUGUAAACCCACUUUAAAUGAUAAAAACUUAGUGAAAAAAUGCUGGAGAUGUCUGAUAUAAAUUUUUGUUCAGAUUCAGUUAUGUCCUCAGAUCCAGCUGGCACAAAAGGGUAAAGGUUGUGUUUACUAAGUGAAGAAAUUUCAAUUUGGGUGGCAAAAUUGUAACAAAAUGCUUGCAUGUAUCCGUUUUAUUUCAAUUGACUAAAAGUGCAAAGGAAAUGUAUCAGAAAUGUUUCGCAGGGUAAGUUUGAUUUCGCCCUUUCCCCUUGGUACAGCGUGAAAACGAGCAUUUCUGCGCAAACAGAUUUCUGCGAGCUUUACAAAAUGGACAGUACUCACUCAAAUGUAACAUUCUGUCAAAACUUUUAAUUUCAAGAUUAUAUGUGAAAAAAUUACCCACAUGUUGUAUAUUUUUUAAUUCCCAGGGCUUUUUGAAAGUGUAAACUUUUUUUGAUACGCACUGUAUAAUGACGAUUGAAUCAGUUUUGAACCUAAAAAUAUAGUUGACGAUGCAUGACGAAAUUUAAAAUGCUAAAUCACCUUGCCAAAAUGCAAAUGAAAUAUGCCGACUUUUCUUUCUACUACCCCUCCCUGUACAAAAAAGGGAUGUGGUUAAAAAUUGCACGAUUAUGUAAAAGCAAUCCUGAAGAAAAUAAUAUCGUGGCUCUAGAUUUGAUUCCUAUACUUAAUGAUGCACCAAAAUCGAAUAUUCGUAUAGAGAAGAGGGGUGCGCACCUUCUGUAAACGAAUAUUUCAAUUUGGCGGGGCAAUUAAUCGAAAAUGAUGCUUGAAGCUACCAGUCGAUAAAAUGGUGAGAUAUUAUGCGUUCAACCUUCUGCAGUUCAAUUUUCGACCCAAGUCCAGAGAGUGAGAAUAAGUGAUUUUUCAUAAAACAUUUCAAUCUGAAAUCUGGCGUCAACAUGAAUAACAUUCCCAUUCAUUAUCGAAGAUGAUCAGUGCAUUCACGUUAAUACGAUGAGACGUAUUCCAAUCGUCAUUUAACGUUCAUAUUGAUUUCAAACUUAUAGAUCAUCGAGAUAGGCCUUCAUUUUUUUUACGUAUUUAUUACCAAUCGGUUGUCAGUGUCUCCGAUAAUGAUCGAAAGGAUGAGAUACUGAUUUUACAAAAUAUAUAAACUGAUUCGGAUAAAUCCAUCAAACACUAUACUAUCCGUACUCUGAUUCUAUUUUGUAUUUUCUCACUCAAUCCGGGUUUUAGUUUUAGCAUGUUUAGAUGGAUUCAUGUCUAAAUAAAAAACGAAGAUUAAAAAGUACUUCGAAUAUGAAUAUAAACACUGAGGUUGGUAAGUAGAUUACGUUGCAUUAUCCAUGUUAGACGUCACCAAGAAAAAAAAAGAAUCCAUAUUCCA